AUGGCCGACGACAACACCAUCAUCGAGGGCACCGUCAAAUUCCGCGACGGAAAGAAGUGGAAGUCGCGAUGGUGCGUGAUGCGCAAGCUGUCCCCGGUGGCGGACUGCGUGCACAUGCAGCUGUACCGGGACUCGCGGGCGCGCUGGGGCGGCGCGGCCAGCAAGGCGUCGCUGUCGCUGCAGCAGUACCUGGGCUGCGAGGCCGGCUUCACGCUCGACAAGCACUCCAACACGCUGGCGCUGGUCUGCCGCGACCUGGUCGCCAUUCUCGCCUUCGAGACCCGCGAGCGGCUUAUACAAUGGCAGGUGAAGGUGAGCAGUCACCUGGGCGAGCCGCGCCACUACCUGGUGCUGGUGGGCGGCGCGGGCGGCGCGGGCGGGCGCGCGCGGCUGCCGGCGGGCCCGGCGCGGCUGCACCUGCACGCGCGGCGGUUCGCGCUCACCGCGGGCGUGCCGCCGCGGCUGCUCGGCGUCUGGGAACUGCAGCAUCUCAGGCGAUAUGGCGUGGUGGAGGGAAGGUUCUGCUUCGAGGGCGGCUCGCACUGCGGGAAGGGCGAGGGCCUGCACGUGCUGGUGACGGACCAGGCGCGCGAGCUGGCGCGCGACUUCAACCUCGCGUCGCAGGGACGCCUCUCGCCCAAGAGGAGGCCCUUUGCUACUAAGAAAACUGAAGGUGGAGAGAGUCCAAAAUCACAUAAAACUUAUAGACCUGAUACACGUCUCUCUGAAUUAAACACGGUGGAUAAUUCGUUACUGUCGGAUCGUCUAUACGAGGACCCUUGUGGCGAGGAAGCGGGCGCAAUCUCGCCGUACUGGCCGUCAGCAGAACGAAGCACUUACCAAGACCAUGGUUUGGCAGAUACGGCAUCCGUUAAUGAAACAAUAGAAGGAAUGGACACUGCUCCAUGGAAUGCAUCUGGAAAUGUAACAUUAGAAAGAUGUAUGAGUUGUAUUUCGAAAUUAGGAGCAUUGUCGCGGUCGUCGACAGCGGCGCUUACACCCGGCGCUAAACACUUCAGUCCGGCGUGGACUAUGGACGCUGUGAGUGAGAACGCGCAGCCGGAACGGAUCUCAAAUAGUGAGAUUACACUGAUUGCAGAAGAUAAGACUGAGGAGCUGUGUCGAUGUGUGCCGCCGCCCGACCGGCCUCCCAAACCUAUUAGAUUAGAAUUGAAUUUGAAUAAAAAGCCUCCAAUGCCAACGCCUGUACAGACAUGUAAAUGCGUACACACUCCUGCCGUCGAGAGCAGAACAAAAAUAGGGCCAUAUGAGAACUAUGAUGUGCCCAAACUUGCUUCCACAGAGGUCGAAACCGAAUAUUACGAUACGCCAAAAAGAUUAAGGGAGUGUUUGGAUAAUGAGCUAUUCAAAGUAACAAAAAGUUCUACAUCCAAUACUGUUAUAUUAAAAAAGCCAUGUGGAUGUCUAUUAAAAUUCGGUAAGAGGCCGAAAGAACCACAAGUUAUAGACACAGAAGAAAAUUUCCAGCCCGCAAACUGUGCGUGUCAAAAAGUGACCAACUGGGCACACAACUGGAUAAAACUUCCGUACUGUAGGAAAACAACUACUACGUCGACAGAUAAUCUAGUUCCAAAUAAAGAAAACUUGAUGCCGAACUUAAGCGACAGAAACCGAAGUGCAUUAUAUGCCACUAUAGACGUCUCUCGUAAAACGAGAAAAAAGUUGCGGCCGAGCAUCUCUCACGACGAGUUUAUGUUAGAAUCCCACAGCUUAGAUCCUCACAAAGUAGAGGUCGACGAGGGCCCGUUAGCAAAUUAUGAAAAUCUUAAUUUCGCGUUGUCUUUAGAACAUUACGAGAAUGCGAAGGAUCUUUUGCGAAGAGCCGGAGUGACACAAACUGAGUUGCAUGCAAUCGCAGCUAAUUUAAAUCCACUUUCUUAUUCAUUAGUAAACGGCAAGCACAUAUGCACAAAGUGCGGACAUCUACAACCUAAAGAUGAUGGCGCUAGUGCUGUAGGUUGUGAAAUAAAGCAGAGUAGUUCAAAUGAUGAUUAUUUAAUGAUGGAACCUAAUUCCAUAGAAAGUAAUAAAAUGGAACUCAAUAAAUCGUUACCUGCUGGAUACACGCCUAUGUCUCCGAUAGCUGGAUUCGCUUUUCACACCAUGAAACAUGCAUCAAAGAAUCCUAUAAGCAGGCUAUUAGAAGAAAAAUCAGCAAGUAACCCAACCCUUAGUGGAUCAGAUGAAGUUCGACCCUCAAUCGUGGGCAGUUCAAAUGCUAUAGAUAAUCAUGUUCUCACAAGGGAUCGUGCAGAGAGAAUAGAGUACAGAAAACGCUCAAGUUCAGCGGAUUCGUCACGAUUCCUAGAUGAUGUGAAAGAGUUUGAUGGUAGCGUUGGGAGUCAUGGAUCAACAUCAUCGAUUGAGACUUUACGAAAUAUGGCUAUGGAUGGCGAAAGCACGUCUACACCUUGCGAUUGUGCAGUCGAUAAUAAGCAUUCUGACGCAGAUAGUUCCGAAGCAUCCAAAGGUCGGGGACGCGGUGCUACUCCAGCGAAGCGGUCAUCAUCAGUACCCGGGAAAGCUGCUGGAAAUCGUGACUCGUCAAGUUCUAAUGACUCUGGGGUAUCGAGUUGCUCGCUGAGGCCGGGGGCUGAGUUGGCUGAGUUCGAGCUGCCGCUCACCACGGCAGCAACGCACCGGCAGUACCGCACCGCCCGCCGCGCCUGCUGCCUCCACACGACGCUCCCGAGACGCUCCAAGUCCACGGACCCGUUGCGAGAGUUUACAACAUUGCAGCGAGUCCGAGUUCCAGCAAAGUCUUCUUCUGCUGAAGCUGAAGUACCAAUACUAACUGUUAAACCUUUAAGAGGGGUAGUGGACACACACAGCACAUCAAGCGGGACAUCUGACAUGUCAGACUACAUCGAGACGCUGUCUAUCUGCUCGUCACACUCCUCCACUGACACGCCAAUCACAAUGCGGGUGGUGCGACAAACGACAAGCACGCUAAGGCCGCGAUCAGGCAAGGAGUACCAGAACAUGGACGCCAGACUCACCGCAGUUUUCCGAACUCACCCAGUCUGCGAACAUCUCUAUACCAACCUGCCGUAGACAGGCCCUCGCCAACGUCGGAUGUACGCGACAUUUCUACGACGAUCAGAUUCCGACACUGUCUCCCGCACUAUCAUUUUUACUGAAGAUCUGGUCAAUAUGUGCUUUUAUGAAA